GUUAAUGUAUGUAUGUAUUUACAGUUCUUACAAAAAAACACAUUACAAAAAUCAGAUCCUAAAUUCCAGACACGUCAAUAGCGGUUUGAUAAUCGGGAUCACAGCUAACACGGAGAAAGAAAAAAGAGUGGAUGGUACUGUAACAGAAAACAAGAAAGUAAAAAAAAUAUAAUCAUAAACUUACUUCCCAGCAAACAGCACAGCAUAGAUACAUAUAUUUGAAUUCUGUAAAAUCUGUUAUGGCUAGCAAUGCGCAGAAUGUUUCCAUUACAUGCAUUCGGCUAAGUGCCCUAUCCUCAGCAACAUUGACAAAGGGCCCCAGUACCCAAUGGCUCAAUCCGUAAAAUAUCCCUGUAGUUGCAUUCUCCAAAGGCUUCUUUUCAUUUUCAUGCCACUCACCUGGUAAUUCCACACUCGGGUAUAAGGACACAGCUGAUUUAAAAAAAAAAAAAAAGAUUUAUUUAUUUCUCAUUGAUGUCAGAAGUAUACUUUGACACCCAAGGUCUGCAUUCCAUGCUCACUAUGCCAUACAAGUGUGGUAAGAGCAGGGGGAGUGGUAGUUGGAAGGCGCUUUCAGUAGGAGUAUGAGUUGCACAAUUUUUGUACAAAAGCACUAAUUUUUGCGAGGCACAAAUUUUGCAAGGGGAUUGGGCACCGCUUCGAAUAUCUGGGCCCAGCUGUAUCAUUUUACCUCAGCCUGCGUUACUUUGUGAUGUGAAUAUGAACCUGUGUAAUGUAUCUAUCAAAAAUGUACAUGGCACGGUGCACGCGGUCAGCUUGAUUUACAGUGGCCUGCCUAACCACUCAAAUAAGGGUGUGUGGAUGUGCAAGCACUGACAAUAGCAGCUUUUCCACAGAAGGAAUGUUGGCUAGCUGGGACAGGUCUGAAUUUCCAAGAAUUUCACUUUUUACAUCACUGAGUAGCAAGUGUCAGUGACACUUAUUUCUACGGACCAGGAUUUUGAAAAAACAGAAAUGUCACUUUUCCUCCUGCUGACAUUUCUUCUCUUGGGACCUGACAAUGGAGGCUGUAACUAUGAAGUCAUCCCAACAUUCACGCCACACAUUACAGCAAUCAUGAAAAUGCCAGUUGAUAAUGAAGAGCAGUUAAUUGUGAACUGGACCACAAGUGCUAUGGUCUAUGAGGCAGAAGUAAACAUAAUCUUUCAGAUUCAAAUAUCUCGGACAGAAGUCACAAACACCAUCCACACGAGCAACUAUACUACAGUACUCACAAAAAAUAACACAGUCCUAACUUGGAACUGGGAGUCCGAGAUUCCUUUGGAAUGCACAUCACACUUCAUAAGAAUCCGAAGAAAUUUAAAUGAUACCAAAUGGAGUGACUGGAGUCCCUGGAAAGCCAACAGUGGAAUUGACACGUCUAACGCAACAAAAACAAUUUUGUUUCCUAGAGGAACUAAAGUAGCAAGAAAUGGAUCAGCGGUAUAUUUCUGCUGUGUUGCAGGAAAGGAUGAACGUGUCACCAGUAUGAGUGUUCAUUACAAAAGUUACCCCCUAAUACACAUCAGCAACAGGACCAAAGCAAUCAAAGUGGAAUAUGAUAAACCAGAGACUUACGGAUAUGAUAUAGGUUGCAGUGCAACUAAAACAAACGCUGUUCCUUCAAUGCUUUUUUUUAUCAAUCCACCAGAUGUUCCACAUAAUCUGACCUGUGAAACAAGGGACAUUAAAGAAGUAACCUGCACAUGGAGAGCAUGGCAGGAAGCAAAGAACAGCAAUUCUGAUAAGGAAACAAUUUAUAGCCUAUAUGAGGGGUUGCUACAAAAGGUAGGCAGUUGUCAGAAAGAAAGCUGCUCCUUCAAAGUAACGCCUGGUCAGAAUGUGUACAAUCUUACUCUAAAAGCUAAAAACAAAGUGGGAAGAGCAGAAGCACAUCUUAACAUGGACAUUACUCACAGAGUUCACCCAGUAGACCUAAGUGAGGUGUCAAAUAAUGGUGUAGGGCCAAGAACUGUGAAUCUCUCCUGGUUUUUGAAAGCCAACUACUCAUCUCUUGGACUUGUUUGUCAGACUAAUAUCACAACAGACAAUGGGGACCAAAAGCUACAGAAUCACUCCUUCGAGGGACGAUUGGACAGUCACAGUUAUACAGUCACUGUUGAUGGAUUGCACCCUUAUACAAACAACACUGUUAGUAUUCACUGUGCAUCUUCUGAACAUUUCUGGAAGUGGAACAGUUGGAGUAAAGCAUUUUCUUUCAGAACUCAAGAAGAUGCCCCUUCGGUAGGACCAGAUGUCUGGAGACAGAUUAAACGGAGUCCACAGGGACGGAAUGUGACCCUCUACUGGAAGUAUUCCAACAAUUCAGAAACAAAUGGACCUGUUCUGUUCUACAAUAUCACAAGGACUUCGCAAGGAGGGGUGACUCUAGUGGAACCAGUUGUGAGGGUGAACUGGAAAGAGUUUUCCAUUGACCACAAUGCUCACACCAUCACAGUCAGAGCAUUUAACUCUGCAGGCGGCUCACCGUCAUCUAUUUUAAACAUCCCAGCUGAUAUUGGAAUGGCUGGGGAAACUAUUGAGGCACAACAAAUUAAUGGGAAUGCAGAAGGAUUCAAUAUUUCCUGGCAGCAAGACCUUAAAGUGACCUGUGGCUACACAGUGGAGUGGUGUGAUCAAGCUGGAGCAAAGACGUGUGAUCUGCAGUGGAAAAAAUUCCCUUCACACACAAACUCUGCCUUCAUUACGUCAGCUACCUUCACAGCUGGGAAAAGAUAUACCUUUAAUGUCCAUGUGUGUAGGUCAGAUGGAGACAUCUUAUUGGAAAAGAAGGUUGGCUACACACAAGAGUUGGCUCCCUCAGAGAUGCCAUGGGUCACAACGCAAGAGGAUUCCUCCUCUGUGACACUGGAGUGGACAUUCGAUGACAACAACGAGAUGCUUCCCGGGUUUAUUAAAGGCUAUUGUGUUUAUAUUGCAAAGAAAUACAAAGAAGCAGCACAUUCUAUUGCGCCAAAUUAUUCUAAUUUCACCAUUGACAACCCCAGCAAGAAGCAGCUUACCGUGACAGACCUCCAGCCAAGCACAGACUACAACAUCACGGUGGCUGCUUUCACAGCAGCAGGGAGAGGCCGUGAACAUUUUUUGACUGUGAGAACGCGCUCUGACAGUGCAGUUCUAAUGUCUAAACUGGGCGUGGUGUUUCUGGUCUCAGUUCUUGUGGCACUGAUUGUGGUAAUGUGUGCCUGGCAAUACAGGAGAAUAUUAAAGAAGCUGGGUUUGCUAAUUUGUUCUUCAUCUACAUCAGGAAAUAUCAGAGCCCUUCAGUGGGAUAGCAGCAUCUUUGAGAUCAGCAAAAUAGUUCAGUCUAUAGAGCCAGAGGACAGCACAUACUGCAAAAUUGAGAUUGUGGAACCCAAGAAAGAAAAAGAAGAACUAUUACCUACACCUAGUUCUGAAUUUAAGUCUGAAAAUGAGGUCACAGUUCCACAUACUGCAUGGACUUACUGCUUAAAUAAAGCCAGUGCUCCUGGUGAAACAGAAAACGUAGAUUUCAAGGAUCUUACAAGGUCUGUUGAAUUUGCGAACCUGAGUUACUUUCCAGACCGGAAGCUUUUGGGCAGCCAGGAGUCGGAUCCUCAAAAUGCAUCUACACCCACCAAUCUUUCUCCCAUCCAGAUGGAUAUUACACUGGACUAUGUAUCAAAUACAAGCUAAAAGAGGAGCUUAUGUUAGAGAUUGAAAAAUGUCAGGGUGGACUAAACCCAGACCAAGAAUACUGCACAUCUGUGACUCUCUUGCAUUGACACUUUUACUGUACUAUUACUGAGAAGCAGCUUUAUAGUAAGUUUGGAGCAAAUUCUAAAUAACCCUGUUUAUCCUUGCUGUGUUUACCUUCACAUGUGAUCCCCAAUAUUAAGUUAGCUAAAUACAGUGCAUACCCUUGAGUAUGCAAUUCUUUUCUGAUCUUAGUAUCCCUCAUGUUUUUAGCUGUGUACAUAAUGGCCUGCUAAAAUGCUUUGCAUAAUCCACUUCCUAAUUGUGGACAAAAUCCAACCAACCUUUGAAAGAAUGACUUCAAAAACUCCACAACCUUAGAGAAUAAAUAAAAGGAAAGUAACCAAAAAA